CACGCUCUCUCUCUCACACACACUGCCCUUUCCUCCUCCUCCUCCUCCUGCCUGCCGUAGCACUGCACACCUGCCUGCUCUUGGCUAGUUGCGUCCUCCUCACUGCAAUUGACUCCCUCGGCCUUCAGCGCGUGUCGUCGUCCCGAAACCCUCUGGAUUUUUUGGGGGGAGCCUCUGUCUCUCUGUCUCUCUGUGCCUCAGUCUCUCUCCAGUGCCUCGUCUGUCUACACACAGCACAGGCUUGUGAGCUGCACCAUGAGGUCGGCCUGUCUCUCCCUGCUCCUGGUGUCGGUGUGCUGGGCCCUGCCCUUCCGCCAGUCUGGCUUCAUGGACUUCAUGAUGGAGGACGAGCCAGGCUCUGGUCUGGAACCAGAACCUGAGGUGCCUGUUGGGCGAGCCCCGAGGGUAAACAUGCCACCCAUGGGGGGACCCGUCCAGCAGGUCUGCCCCUUCAGAUGCCAGUGCCAUCUACGGGUUGUACAGUGCUCUGACUUAGGCCUGAAGAAUGUUCCAGAAGACAUCUCCGCAGACACCACCUUGUUGGAUCUGCAGAACAAUAAGAUCACAGAGAUCCGUGAGAAUGACUUAAAGGGACUGAAGGUCCUACAGACCCUGAUCCUGGUCAAUAACAAAAUCACCACCGUCCACCCCAAGGCCCUGAUCCCCUUGGGCAAGCUGCAGAGGCUUUACCUGUCCAAGAACAUGCUGAAGGACAUGCCCGCCAACAUGCCCAAGAGCCUGCAGGAGCUUCGCAUCCACGAGAACGAGAUCACCAAGAUCAAGAAGGCCACCUUCCAGGGCAUGGCCAACAUGAUCGUGAUGGAGCUCGGCUCCAACCCCCUGUCAGGCGCGGGCAUUGAGGCAGGAGCCUUCUCCGACCUAAAGAGGGUCUCCUACAUCCGCAUCUCAGACACCGAGAUCAGCGCCAUUCCUAAAGGUCUUCCCACCUCCCUGUCAGAGCUCCAUCUUGAUGGAAACAAGAUCACCAAGGUUCAGUCAGAAAGCCUGAAAGGCCUCAAGAACCUGGCUAAGCUUGGCCUGAGCUAUAACCAGAUCAGCAUGGUGGAAAAUGGAACCCUCGCCAUGGUGCCUCACCUGCGUGAGAUUCACCUGGACAACAACGCUCUGACCAGUGUGCCACCCGGCCUGCCCGAGCACAAGUACAUCCAGGUAAUCUAUCUCCAUAACAACAAGAUCGCAGCUGUGGGAACGGAAGACUUCUGCCCUCCAGGCUACAACACUAAGAAGGCUAUGUACUCCGGAAUCAGCCUCUUUAGCAACCCCGUGACAUACUGGGAGAUCCAGCCAAUCACCUUCCGCUGCGUCUUCGACCGCUCCGCCAUCCAAUUGGGCAACUACAGGAAGAAGUAGUAGAUCAGCCAAAGAGAGCUGGCUCAAUGUGGGCUCCGUUUGUUUGUUUGUUUGUCUGUUUUUUUUCUGGCCCACAAGCAUCUCAAGCACAUAAAUCCAUUAUCCCUUCCCCACUCCACUGACUCAAUGCACAUAUCUAUGUGAAAGAAAGAAAGAAAGAAAAAAAUACGUCACAUAAAAACGGUCUUUAUGAAAUAGCAAUAUAUCAUCUCAGUUCAUAGUCAAGGUAUCAUUUAUCAUUCAGAAACAUCAGUACAACUUACAUAGGUUUAUACUCACCAAAAUGCUGUAUUACGAGCAUAUAGAGUCAACUAAUUCAGUAGUUCAAAAUCUGCGUUUUUCUCCCUUUUGUGCAACGAAAGUCUGCGAAGACUUCAGUAGGAUCCUAUGACCACUUAAUGUCACAUGAAGUGUAAUCACUACACAAGCACUAAAGUAAUCAAAGAUUGAAUUGGGAUUUUCCUCUUCCUCUUUUUACUCCUCAGAACGAUCCAUAAAUUUGGCCUUUUUGCGAUUCUACUGGACCUAAGCCAUAGUUGUGACUCAGUCCUUCAGGCCAGCUGGCCUGCUGCGCGGGCAGCGAAGGGUUAAACACCCAUCUGGAAAUAACGUUAAUAAGAGCUGGUGUACUAGAGAAUGUACUAGAAUAACGUUACUUGUGUAGUGCUACAGUUAGGGGUAUACCGAUAGGAUAUUGUAGUUCUCGUUUUUUUUUUUUUUUUUUUCAUAUUGUAGUCAACACACGUUGCAAUAUCCUCUCACUCUUGCUCGGCUGUUUGGUCUGUAAGUUCGUUUGUGCUGUUUUGGGGUUUCUCUCACUGUCUGUUUGUUGUUUUUUUCCAUCAUGUCUGAAACUCUAGGGCCAGAUCUGACACUGCCAUGUAACAAAGGGUUAGACAGCACAAUCAGUCUGAACAUACGGUCUACAACUCCUCAUAGAAUAAACCUUGUUUCCGUCAUGGAAGACAUUCCCAAAGACCUAUACGCAUGAUUUUUUUUCAUUUUUCACCUUUUGAACUUCUUAAAGGCAGAUUAUGGCUUUAGUGAUGACAUGUUUAUAUGAAUAGAGUGUAUUGCUUUCUUUGUCCUCUUUCUUUUCAUUUGUUUGGUUUUGCUCAGUUACAGUAUAUAUAUUUUUUCUUUCAUAAAGUCUGAAGAAGUUUGGAGGGAAUCUGGUGUGCAGUCGUGCCUUCGCCCUCAUGCUAGUGUGAAUGUCCCAUGUAUAGUUGCUGUAUAUAAAUGCUGUAUAAAAACCUUCUUCAAUGCUUAAAAGCACAAGCACUUACAGUAGUUCAGACUUAAUAUAUCAGUAAUAAAGGUGAUCCCUUUUUCUUGUGUUUGUUUGAGCAGGGGCUCCAACUUAGGUGUCCUAAAACGACAACAAAAAUAAUAAUAAAGAGUCAAAUUAAUGUCAGCACAAAUCUUUUGGGCAUGUGAGGUGUUAGCAGAUAUUCCACAGACGAAGUAAGAUGUGGGUAUGUGGAAAGUGACAGCCACCCUGUAGUGGUAAGUAGUUUUGGUAACUAGUAAAUAGCUAGCUGACUAAAAAGCAUGCAAAAAACCUUGGACAACACCAAUAUCACCGCUGGCACUGAUAAAAGCUUGCUACCAUGGUAACAGGUGUCUUUUGGUGAUACAGUUGCCGAUGUUGUGCCGUGAAAGGUUUUGCUUUUCUAGUACUUUCUGUCCAGGCCCACAGACCUACGCAGUGCAUAGACUGGACGGCUACAGGGAGCAACACAUGUGUGUAUCACUCUUUCACACGGUGAUGUUGAAUCAAAAUGGAUAACAAGAUGAUACCAAAACUAGUUUCCUAUCAAACAAACGCCCCAAAAGUGGUACAUUCCUGCACAGUGUUGCUUUAAGUACUUGUCACCUGUUGGUUUUGGAUCCUUCAGUUGCCUCUGCGCUACCAGAUUCCUCCUCCUGCAUGCUGUCCCCUCACCUGUGUUUGUCAAGAUGGCCAUUUAAACAACCAUGAAGAAAA